ACCUUAAUGUUUUGGUGAUGAUCGAGCUUUACAAUAAUUAAUAAAUAAUAGUUUAUUUAUAUGUUUAAUAAAAGAUGAUUCCUGUAUCAAAAGUACAUGUUUAUCUUGUAGUUUUACAUGUAUUGUUUAGUUAUAUUAAUAUUGUGAAAACUGAAAACCAAAGCCAAUACAACACCAAAACUUUAGAAGAUAAAGUAGAUUCAAUACCCAGCAAUUCUACAAAAGACGUCGUUAUACGUGAAACAAGCAAUAACAAUGCAACGCAGAAAUUUGUUUCAUGUAUUCCAUUAAUGGGUAACUCUGUUGUUGAAAUUGUAAAUGACACUGAACUUAUUCGAAUUUUAACAUCAAAUCCUAAUGUAACAAGUAAAGAAACACCAGCUACAUGUGUCGUUGUGCUAUUUUACUCCAAGUUCUGCCCUUUUUCAAGCAUGGCUGCUCCACACUUCAAUGCAUUGCCAAGAGCGUUUCCCGACAUAAAAAUGGUUGCUGUUAAUGCAAUGAUCUAUCACUUAUUUAAUACACAAAAUGGAAUAAUUGGUGUACCUUCCAUAGUGCUAUUUCAUAAUGGAAGACCAAUAACAAAAUAUAACGAAUCUGAAUACACGUUGGCAUCGUUUUCAAGAUUUAUAACAAAGCACACAGGAAUGGUUCCUAAGGAGGACGUUUCUGUGACAGAUGAAGAUUUUGAGGGACCAGUUUCUAGCAUUCCUGAACAAAAAACGGACAUAUUCCUAGUACUUUCAUGGAUAUUCAUUAUUAUAUGUGGUACAUAUUUUUUCACACGAUCUAAAUAUUGGAAAUGGAUAGUUGAAACAGCACAGAACACAUGGAUGGAAUCUGAAGCUCAAGCACAACAUGAACAUAAUGAUUAGUAUUGUGUAGUAUACUUGUCUACAUAAUAAUAAAUGUUUGUUUUUGUUAA